UCGUCUCUAGUUCACAGCUGAUUCAUGACCAUGUUCCUUACUAAAGCAAACAUCCUGCACAGGCUGCCACAGGUUUGUUUCCCUGCUUCAUUUGGGAAAGCACACUCGUCCAGGCUGGUUUUGGGCAUUGAGACCAGCUGCGAUGAGACUGGAGCUGCUGUGCUGGACGAGACAGGUCAAAUACUGGGAGAGUCUCUGCAUUCACAGAAAGAAGUGCAUCUGAGGACAGGUGGCAUCAUCCCCACAGUGGCACAACAGCUCCACAGAGAAAACAUAGAGCGUGUCGUCCAUGAGGCUUUGCAGAGGAGCAACGUGGAUGCUGACCAGCUCUCGGCUGUGGCCACCACGGUGAAGCCGGGCUUGGCCCUGAGCUUGGGCAUCGGCCUUGAGUUCAGUCAGAGGUUUGUGAGGAAGCACAACAAGCCCUUCAUCCCCAUCCACCACAUGGAAGCUCACGCCCUGACCGUCAGGAUGCUUCAACCUGUCGCCUUCCCCUUCCUGGUCCUGCUUGUCUCUGGUGGUCACUCGCUUCUCGCUGUGGCCCGAGGAGUCGACGACUUUCUGCUUUUGGGUCACACUCUCGAUGAAGCUCCAGGGGAUACACUGGAUAAAGUGGCCAGACGGUUGUCUCUCAUAAAACACCCGCAGUGCUCGACGCUGAGUGGAGGGCAAGCGAUAGAGCUUCUGGCAAAGGACGGUGACAGGACGAGGUUUCGCUUCAGGACGCCUAUGGGACAAACACACAACUGCUGCUUUUCUUUCGCUGGGCUGCGAAAUCAAGUUACCAUGGCGAUUAUGAAAAAAGAGGCAGAGGAAGGUAUACGACAGGGGUCACUGUUAUCCUGUGUGAAUGACAUUGCAGCUGCUACGCAACACACAAUAGCCUCUCAUCUUGCAAAGCGCACACAUCGUGCCAUCUUGUUCUGUAAGGCAAACAGCCUGUUGCCGGAAAGAAACCCCACUUUGGUGCUGUCUGGAGGGGUUGCAAGCAAUCAGUACAUCCGCAAGGCUUUGUCCAUCGUCACUGAGAUGACAGGACUACACCUGCUCUGUCCUCCAGCCAAAUUCUGCACUGACAACGGAGUGAUGAUUGCAUGGAACGGCGUUGAGCGCCUGAGAGAAGGGAAAGGGAUCCUGCCUCCAGAUGUGGACGUCUUCUAUGAGCCAAAGGCGCCGCUGGGAGCUGACAUAACGGCGGAGGUGGAGGCAGCAGCCAUCAGGUUGCCGUCAGUCAGGAUGAAGAUCCUCAACUGACAGACAG